AUGACUCUACGAACAUUAUUACGUGCAUCUCCUGCUCGUAUUCCAUCACUUUCCUAUCACAUCAAGUCCAUUUCUCAUGCUUCAUCUUCUUCUCGAUUCUCUUCAUAUAAUGAUUCAACCUCACCUUUAAUUAAAGUGCAAAAUAUCGCGACAUCUUACGGUCAAUUGGAUAUUUUGUUACCACUUCCAGGUAUUGUCGGUCUCACACGAUUUGAGCUUGAAGAUGGAAAUGCAAGUGUGAAAGAUGUAAUUAAUGCAGUGCAAGAUAUUGAUAUUACGUUAAAAAGUGUCGAGAUUACAACACCAGAUGGAACAAAACUUGCACGUACCGUUCGACUUAGUGAACUUGCGUCCAUGUCGUUUUGUUUACGAUUGAAUCACAUGAAUAUUUUGAUUGAAAGUGGUGUCUCUGUAUUGAAUGAGAAGAAAUUACGUGAAGAAAGUGUAGCAUUCGCGACAGUGAAGGCAGCGAUUGAAAAAGAUGUUCGAUUGAUUUUGCCUUUGCAUGAAUUUUACGAAAUGUGCCAUAAUGUUGGAGCAGAAGAAAAAGUGGGUACCAAGUGGCUUCGUGAGUUGCAACGUCGACAUUUAGUGGUACAUUUUGAUCGCUCACGAAACCCGCAACUGGAAAAUGUAUUAAUACUUCGACCCUAUAGCUUGGAAAGUAUUUUAACGCUACAAAAUUCUCUUGACUCGGAAUUGUACAAUAUCAAACACGAUCGGAAAGUGAAAGAACGACAAGUGACUGAAGUUAUGAGUUCAAUUAAAAAACUCAAACAAAUUGAAAAAGAUGUGGCUUUAGCUGCUCGUUGGAUGCCAAAUGUACAAAAAUGGUUCGGUCUUACAAGUUUAACAGGAUUCUAUGGCACGCUCAUGUAUUGCGUCUGGGAUGUAUAUUCAUGGGAUGUUAUGGAGCCUAUUACGUACUUUAUUGGCUUUACAACUGUCCUUGGGAAUUCAUUUUAUCAUGCGAUGACAAAACAAGAUCCAACAUAUAGUAAUAUGUGGCAAAAACGAUAUGCGAAUCGUGUUCUCUUACUAAGUAAACAACGAAAUUAUAAUCCAAUGGAACUAACAAGACUUGAAGCUCGUCUUGUUGAUCUUGAAAAGGAUCUUACUGUUCUCAUGCAAUGGGAAAAAGUUCAAAUGCAAGACAAGACGUUGUAG